ACAGCAGUCGCCAUUUUACUUGAACUGAUACUCGUGCGGUGCGGAACUCUUGUGUUCGCUUCCCUCGCGAAUCUUUAUCGCCCGCGGUGGCCGGCUUGGACCCGAUUAAUUCGAUCGAGUUCAUCAAGUCGCGAACAGUUUCUGUCGAAUGUACGGAGAAAGCUGCCCAAUCUCGCGGUGAUUUCGCGCGCCCGUCGUGCAGUGCCAAGGCGAGAGAAGAAGACAGAGGAAGGAAGAUGGUGAUGGUGCCAGCGGGCCUCGAGAGCGAUAUCGUCGCUGCGAGGUAGCGCCGUGUGCGCAGCCAGUCCGCCACUACUUGAGUUUUGACGACUAGUGUCCAGCCAAGUGUCGACACAAGUUUCUUGAGUUUUAUCUUGUCGUUUUCAAAGAAGUGGAGUUGUGCGUGAUUUAAAAUACUGUGUACAAAUCAGCCCCAGGGGUUAUACCCUGACGAUGCCCAAUGGUUGACCGCCUUGUAAAGCGUGUUCGGGGACGCUCCAUGCGCCGCGGCUCUCAUUGCUGUUAUUAUUACGCCCGCGACCAUGCGAGAAAAGCAGUGAAUUUUCAUCAUACCGUUGAGGUAGACGUCGAGGUAGUGUUGUUUUAGUGGAGUUACCCCAGUGUAUACGUGCGUGCGUGCCUGCGUGUGCGUACGUGCGUGUUCUGCCGAUCUGUUAGUACGGAGAGUAAACAGCCCUGAGAAAAGCUAACCCGCGGAGACAUGGCCGACCACCUAGUGGACGGCCCGCCGAACAAGCGGACCAAGCUCGCGGAUCCUUUUCAAGGGCCCUCAGAUUCUUCAGUGGGUAUGGCGCCUCUAAUGAUGCACCAUGCUUAUACAAACUACGGGGGAGGUGGCAGUGGUAACAUACAACAAAUGCAGGGCCUGCCACAACAACUACAUCUGCAACAGCAACAGCUGCAGCAACAUUGGAACAACCAUACUACGCAGAAAAGAAAUUAUAUGACAAACACUGAUAUGUUUGAUCUCGAAAAUGAACUUCCUGAAGAUCUUCUGUCGUCUGGUUCCUGGGGUUCUACAACUGAAAGUGCAAAACCUCCAGCUACUGGUCCCGGUCCAGGACAACAGAAUGGGGCACUUGACAAUGAACUUCGACAACAUGUACAACAACAACAAUUAUCACAUCAUCUCAUUCAACAGCAGGGAAACAAAAAUAUGGUAGCAAAUUCGUUGGUUAUGGCUGCUGGAAGUUUGGGCAGUAAAAGUCCCAAUAUGCAGUCACCUCCUAAUGUUUCAGUAUCGAAAGGAGUAGUUGAUCCACAAAUGGUGGUAAGCCUUGGUAAUUUACCAAGCAGCAUAGCAAGUUCACUAGCGAAUAACCAAAUAUCUAUCGCGAAUUCAAUGGGAGGACUUCAAUCAUCAAUGAGUAUGUCUGGAAAUAAUCCCACAAUGUCAAUGCCAGGUGCAAUGAACUCCGGACUAGUCAUGACGAGCAGUGCUACAGGGAACAAUAAUAUGAGUGGCAUGGCAGGCGGAGGUUUAAUUGUUGCAAACAGCUUAAAUAAACAACCGCUAAAUACGGUAUCUAUGAUGAGUUCCAAUGCCCAAGGAAUUCAUCAUCCGGGUGGACCUCAUGGUGUCGCUCAAAUGCAAAAUGGACCAGCAUUGAUGAAUCCAAGAGCCGUGGUAAUGCAACAACAGCAACACAUGGUUGGAGCAGCGAGAGGUCAAAGUCCUCAUCAGCAAGUUCAUCAAGUUAAUAUCGUAGGUCAAGGUCCACGAAUGCAAACACCGCCCAAUAUGGCAAAUAUGGGACAAAUGGGUGCUUCGAGUCCCUAUGGAUACAAUUCCCCAGGCAAUGGUCCUGGUCCAAAUGUGAAUGUGGGUACUAAUAAUCCAGUGGGAGUUGUUGCUCCUCAACAACGAGGCGUCGGUACCAAUAUGGCUGGUAUGCAAGUUAAUAGAUUCGGUGGCCCGGGAGGACCUAUCGGAUCAACGAAUGUCGUUGGGGGUCAAGAGGGUGGAAUGGCACAACAAGCUCAACCACCAGCGCCAAGUCCGGCUCAACCGCAAUCGGGAGCACCAAGUGGAGGACAACCGGGCCCUCAACAAGCCACGCAAGGACAAAUGCCAAGUGGACAACCACAAGGUGCUACACAAUCAACCGCCGAUCCCGAAAAACGAAAACUAAUUCAACAACAACUAGUUUUACUCCUACACGCUCACAAAUGUCAACGACGAGAGAGUCAAUCGAAUGGUGAAGCGUGGCAAUGUUCUCUACCUCACUGCAAAAUGAUGAAAAAUGUCCUAAAUCACAUGACAAAUUGUCAUGCCGGAAAAAGUUGCGCGGUACCACAUUGCAGUUCGUCAAGACAAAUCAUCAAUCAUUGGCGAUACUGUACGAAAGCCGAUUGUCCCGUGUGUUUACCAUUAAAGCAAGCCGAUAAAAAUAGACAUCAAAAUUCAGUUGCAGUAACUGUACCUCAACCAACAACACAACCCAAUCCCAGUCCAUCAGAUAUGAGGAGAGCGUACGAUGCACUUGGCAUUCAAUGUCCAACGACAACUCCAAAUUUAUUACCCGGUCAAACAGUUAAUAGAGGUGGUGUCAGACUAGCUGGUCCUCCUUUACAAGCACCCGGUACCAUGGCAGACGUUCGAAUGGCACAACUUCAAACUCAAACCGGUCCAGGACAGUCUGUCAUUGGAACGGGACAACAAGUUGUUGCUCCAAACGUUUCACUACCACUUAGCAAGGAUCCAACUGCAGUUUCAGCAGCUGCCAAUCAAUCGACACCGACAACUGGUCCAACAGCAGCUGCAGCAGCCGCCGCCGCUGCUGCCAAUAUCCAACAACAAACAGUCAGUAUGCAACAACUCUUUGGUUUAAAUGACUCCGGACAACCGGGAAUUCUAGCCGAUAAUCGGCUAAGCAACGUACAACUUCCGCCCGGUCUUCAAGCGGGACAAGUUACAGCGACGCCUGUUCAAGGGACGAAGGAAUGGCAUCAAUCAGUGACGCCAGAUCUCAGGAAUCAUCUUGUUCACAAGUUGGUCCAAGCAAUAUUUCCGACUCCCGAUCCACAAGCAAUGCUUGACAAACGAAUGCACAAUUUGGUGGCGUACGCAAGAAAAGUCGAGGGCGACAUGUACGAAAUGGCCAAUUCAAGAUCCGAAUAUUAUCAUCUAUUAGCGGAGAAAAUUUACAAAAUACAAAAAGAACUCGAGGAAAAACGUCAAAAACGUAAGGAACAACAAUUACAACAGCAGCAGCAGCAACAACAGCAACAACAACCCGGAGGCAGUGGCGCCGGUUUACGACCCUGUGCACCACCUGGAGUUGCCGCCAAUGUUCAGGCACGACCCGUUGGUACCGUACCACCAAAUUUAAGGAGUCAUUCCCCAAGUAUGGGACAAUUGGGAAUAUCCAACAUUGGCAUGCAACAUAAUCGUAUGCAAUUUCCCCAACAGCAGCAAGCACAACAAGUGCAACAAAUUCAACAUCAACAGCAGCAGCAGCAGCAGCAAACUCAACAACAACAAAUGCUCGUUGGACCCUCCGGACCUAGUCCAAAUGGACAAUCUGCUUCCAAUCCCAAUAUGGUAUCAAAUCCCGGUCUCAGUCCCUUUGGACAACCUCAAAUGUCACAGGCAAAUUUAACCACAACCACCUCGUCAGUGACCACUAGUCAAUUUCCAACGACUAACGGAACAGCCGGUCUACCCAACAGUUCGCCCGUUCAAAAUCAACAUCAAUUCUCCGACAUUAGGGUCAGAUUAGCUCAAGCACAAGCUCAAGCGCAGCAGCAGCAGCAGCAACAACAACAACAACAGCAGCAACAACAACAACAAAGUCAACAACAAUCACAGACGCAGCAACAAUCACAGCAACCAACAAGCACUGCUAAUCAAACCGUUAAUUCAAGUUCAAUGCCACAAGCACCGUCACCUUUCAGUGGUAUGCAACAAUCGAAUCAGAAUCAACAAUUUCAAAAUAGUUUAUCAAUGUCGGCCUCAACACCCGGUGACAGUGGUAUAGCGGCGUCAACACCACAAACCCUAGCACCAUCCGCAUCCAGUGGUCCGAGUCCUGGGCCCGCUCCAUUAACAAAUGGACCACAAUCGACAACAUCCACUCCCAAUACACCAUCAGUACCAUCAUUAAUGACACCCAAUCAAAAUGUCUCAUCGGCAAAUCAAACGCCACCACAUUCAGCGGCAACACCAUCGCCCGUUGGUUUAGCGAGUCUUGGUAAAGGAAUGACAUCGCAAGAAAGAGCGGCAUUAAACGCGCCUCGAAGUUCAUCAAUGUCUUCGCAAAUGGCCGCCAUAACAGCUGCCCUUGAUCGUGAUAAUUCUCCUAGUCCUCCAACAAAUAAUAAUAAGGGCAAGUUGGAUUCAAUAAAAGAAGAGAACAUUAAAAUGGAAAUAAAACAAGAGGAAGGCGCGGAAAAUCAUCGUGGUGGUGAUGGUGGUAAAGGUGGUAGCAAUAGUGAAAUGUCAUCGAUUAAAACGGAAAUCAAGACCGAGCCAAUGGAUGAAACAUCGGAUGAAAUGACUGUUAAGGAGGAACCAACUGGUACUAUUAAAGAUGAACCUGUGACGCCAAUGUCAAGUCAGGAUACUGCUACUUCGGAUAUAAAACCAAUUGUGCCAGAACCAAUUCAACCAACUGGUACAUCGAGUGACAAGAAACGAUUGUGUUUAUUUAAACCUGACGAAUUGCGUCAAGCAUUGAUGCCAACUUUAGAGAAAUUAUAUCGACAAGAUCCUGAAUCAUUGCCAUUUCGACAACCUGUUGAUCCACAAGCAUUGCAAAUUCCUGAUUACUUUGAUAUUGUUAAAAAACCAAUGGACUUGUCAACGAUUAAACGAAAAUUGGACACUGGACAGUACAGCGAUCCUUGGGAGUAUGUUGAUGAUGUUUGGAUGAUGUUUGACAAUGCCUGGUUGUACAAUCGGAAAGCGUCACGAGUUUAUAAAUAUUGCACUAAGUUAUCUGAAGUCUUUGAACAAGAAAUUGAUCUAGUGAUGCAAGCUCUGGGAUACUGUUGCGGAAGGAAGUAUACCUUCAAUCCUCAAGUUCUCUGUUGCUACGGAAAACAAUUGUGCACAAUACCGCGAGACGCAAAAUACUAUUCCUACCAAAACAGUCUAAAGGCUUAUGGUCUUGUUUCCGACAGAUACACCUUCUGUCAGAAAUGUUUCAACGACAUUCCCGGCGACACUGUGACGCUUGGUGACGAUCCCACUCAACCUCAAACUGCCAUCAAAAAGGAACAGUUCCAGGAGAUGAAGAAUGAUCACUUGGAGUCGGAACCUUUCGUUUACUGUACAGACUGCGGGAGAAAAGUGCAUCAAAUUUGUGUACUUCAUAUGGAAAAUAUAUGGCCCCUAGGCUUUACCUGUGAUAAUUGUCUGAAAAAGAAGGGCCAAAAGCGCAAAGAUAAUAAAUUUAAUGCAAAGCGGCUGCCAGUAACGAAAUUAGGUACAUAUAUAGAAACGCGAGUCAACAAUUUCCUUAAGAAAAAAGAAGCAGGCGCAGGCGAAGUUGCAAUUCGAGUCGUGGCUUCCAGUGAUAAAGUUGUAGAAGUUAAGCCAGGCAUGAGAAAUAGAUUUGUCGAUAAUGGAGAUAUGCCAGGUGAAUUUCCAUAUCGUGCAAAAGCACUUUUUGCAUUUGAGGAAGUUGACGGAACUGAUGUGUGUUUCUUUGGUAUGCACGUCCAAGAAUACGGCAGUGAAUGUACACCGCCAAAUACGAGGCGAGUGUACAUUGCAUAUCUCGAUUCGGUGCAUUUUUUCAGGCCUAGACAAUUUCGAACAGCUGUAUAUCACGAAAUUCUUUUGGGAUAUCUUGACUACGCUAAACAAUUAGGAUAUACAAUGGCUCAUAUUUGGGCGUGUCCUCCUUCGGAAGGAGAUGACUAUAUCUUUCACUGCCAUCCGCAGGAGCAAAAAAUUCCUAAACCGAAAAGGUUACAAGAAUGGUACAAGAAAAUGCUAGACAAGGGCAUAGUUGAAAGAAUAGUACUCGAUUAUAAGGAUAUUUUGAAGCAAGCCAUGGAAGACAAAUUGUCCUCUGCCGCCGAAUUACCUUAUUUCGAAGGAGAUUUUUGGCCUAAUGUUUUGGAAGAAAGUAUAAAAGAGUUGGACCAAGAGGAGGAAGAGAAACGAAAAGAAGCCGAGGCUGCUGAAGCUGCAGCUGCUGCGGCAAAUAUUCUCUCAAUGUCAGAAGAUUCAGAGACUGGUCCAGAUGGGAAAAAGAAAGGCCAGAAAAAGGCAAAGAAGUCAAAUAAAUCCAAAGCAAAUCAGCGAAAAAAUAGCAAAAAAUCAAAUACACCCCAAACGGGAAAUAAUCUUUCAGCGAAAAUUUUCGCUACCAUGGAAAAACAUAAGGAAGUUUUCUUUGUGAUUAGGCUACAUAGCGCUCAAAGUGCAGCGAGUUUAUCCUCUAUUCAAGAUCCAGAUCUUGUUAUCAAUUGCGAUUUGAUGGACGGACGAGAUGCUUUUCUCACAAUGGCAAGAGAAAGACAUUAUGAAUUCUCUUCUUUGAGGCGAGCGAAAUUCAGUUCAAUGUCCAUGUUAUACGAGUUGCACAAUCAAGGCCAGGACAAAUUCGUUUAUACUUGUAAUAAUUGCAAGAGUCAUGUGGAAACUCGAUACCACUGUACUGUCUGUGAUGACUUUGAUCUGUGUAUAAGCUGUAAAGAAAAGGAUGGACAUCCUCAUCAUAUGGAGAAACUUGGUUUGGAUUUGGACGAUGGUUCAUCACCUGCCGAUGCAAAACAGGCAAAUCCUCAGGAAGCGCGAAAGCUCUCGAUUCAAAGGUGCAUACAAUCUCUGGUCCAUGCUUGUCAAUGCAGAGACGCAAAUUGCCGACUGCCAAGUUGUCAAAAGAUGAAGAGAGUUGUAACACAUACAAAGGUGUGCAAACGAAAGACAAAUGGUGGAUGUCCAAUUUGCAAGCAACUUGUUGCCUUGUGCUGUUAUCACGCCAAACAUUGUCAAGAAGCAAAAUGUCUCGUACCCUUCUGCUCCAAUAUUAAACAUAAAUUGAAGCAACAACAACUUCAACAACGACUACAAACGGCUCAGUUACUAAGGAGGAGAGUGGCUGUGAUGAAUACAAGGCCGACGGGUCAAAUGGGUGCAGUUCAAAGUGCUCAGCAAAGUUCGAACACGAAUAUGACGACUGGCGUCGCCAUAAAACCAGGCAUGAGUCCAACGAAUUUACCAUCACCCCAUCAACCUGGUGUAGGAUUAAAACCCGGUGCACAAGCUCCGUCUGCACAUGUGCUACAAGUUGUGAAACAAGUCCAAGAAGAAGCGGCGAGACAACAAGCGCCUCAUGUCAGCUAUGGAAAAGUAUCACCAGGAGUUGGUGUUGGCGUAGGUGUCGGUGUUAACGUCGGUGGUCAAGGAGGUAACGUUAUGCCACCACCUCAAAUGCAAAGGUCAAUGCCGGUGCAAAUGCCCAAUCCAAGCGGGACACAUCUCAUCUCAAUGGAUCAAUGGACACCAAGGUAUCAACCGAACACAGUUAUGCAGCAAAAUCCCGGUUUAAGACAGCAAUCAUCGCAACAGUUGAUGCAACAACAACAACAGCAGCAACAACUUCAAGGUCAAACGGGAAUGGGACUUGCCGGUCAGAUGCCGCGGCAAACUGGCGUUCUUGGCGGUCCUCUCAGUCAAGUUGGUCCAGGCGGAACAUCAACAAUGCAUAAUCGUGCCUAUCAACAACUCAUGGCUACUCUAAAGAGUCCCAAUACACCCGAACAACAAAAUCAAAUACUUCACAUACUCAAGAACAAUCCAUCUCUAAUGGCUACAUUCAUAAGACAACGCCAGGUACUUGCUCUUCAGCAGCAAACUGGUCAGCACGCUGGUGGAGUUGGUCCAUUGGGUCCUAGUCAACAACAACAGCAACAACCUGGUUUGCAACAUAUGCUGUCUCAACAACAGCAACAGCAGCAGCAACAACAACACCAUCAACAACAGCAGCAGCAACAGCAGCAGGGUAGAACGCAAAUGAUGAUUGGUCAACAACAGCAACAACAACCAAGUCAAGGACCCAGUGUUCAACAACAACAGCAACAACAAUGGUAUAAACAACAGCAAAUGUUAGUUAUGCAGAGACAGCAGCAAAUGCAACAGCAGCAACAACAACAACAGCAGCAGCAACAACCGUUUACGCAACCACCUGCACCGCCUUAUGGCCAACAGAGGCCCAUCAGGCCACCAUUAAUGAAUUACGGUGGUUUCAAUGAGCAAGGCUACGGUCAACCGGGUCUUAAGCCAACACCACCUCCUGUGCCCUCUCCGCAAGGUGUAAUGGGACCGCCAGGAAUUUCGGUGCAACAACAAUUGAUGCAGUCGGUUCGUUCUCCACCGCCAAUUCGCUCACCACAACCAAAUCCCUCACCUCGACCUGUACCAUCGCCGCGAAAUCAACCAGUUCCAUCACCGCGUUCUGGCCCUGUACCCUCGCCACAUCAUCAUCCACCACAUGGAACGCCAACUCAUUCACCCGCACAUGAACUAGGUGGCCCUAGUGAAAUGAUGUUACCCUCCGGUCAUCCUCCCAAUAUGCCACAUCAUUCAUCACCAGCACCCCCACCCACAAGUGGCACAGACUCGAGUGAAAUGCCGCAAAUGACGCCACAAGACCAAUUAACAAAGUUCGUAGAAAGGUUGUAGUGACAGUUAGUAUCAUAAAAUGAUUUUAAAUCUUUUGUGGCUGUUGCCAUUACAAAUGAAGGCCGUUUUCCGUUUUACAACAGAAAAACGGCUCGCUGCUCACGUUCGAGGUGCCUGAGAGAGAUAGAGAGAGAGAGAGAGAAAGAGAGAGAGAAAGUUAUCGCGAUGAGAAUUAUCUCAUUCUCCCUAUCCUAGAUUAAAAAAAAAUGGGGUAUAUUCGAUUGAGCGCGAAUUUAUUGUAGAUUUGUAUAUCAAUGAAAAAAAAAAUCAGGGAUGAAAUCCAGAUUGUGGCGUUCCACUGUGCGAUCUUUUACUAUACCAAUAACUACUCUAUUUAUUAGGGUGCGCGUUUUAAUUCUCCGAGCCAAGAGCUAAAAAAAGAAAAGAAAAAUUAAUAAUAAUAGAAGGCAAGCAAGGACAACUAUUAUAAAAUACAUUGUGUCGAGAAUGAACUCAAGACAAUGUCCUUCUAUCUUUUUUUCACCCCCGACCUUCUCUCCAACCCCCCCUCGCCCCUCCCCCAAAUGGGUGAUCCCCAUAUGUAAGUUCCAUGCGUUCCGGUUGUUGUGGUCCGAUUAAUCCGGGUGAAACUCGAUAUAUAAAUAUAUAUAUUAUAUAUAUAGACUAUAAAAAAAGGAGAUCGAAAGACUAUUCCUUGCUCCCUUCCUUGCUACUGCUGCUGCUGCUCCUUGCGCAGGCUAAGUGAAAAUCGUACAAAUGUGUUGUGUAUACUUAACGUUAAUUAAUAUUAAUAGUUCAAAUACUACUGUAGCGAAUAUGCAGUUAUUACCAUUAUUAUUAUUAUUAUUAUUAUUAAUUAUUAUUAUUAUUAUUAAUAAUUAUUAUUAUUAAUUAUUAUUAUUACUAUUAUUAUUAUUAUUAUGAACGUGACUAAAAAAGCAAAGAUAUAACAAAGAUGCGUGUAUGAAGAAUGAAUGAAUACCUUGUAUUUAAAAAUGAAAAGUAAGGUAAAAGGAUAUAAGAAUUUAGAGCCAAGUUUUUAAGCGACGUUAAUUGUAAGUUGUUAUACAAAAAAAAACAGCGGUAGUGGCCACCGUAUAAUGGAGCUGUACUUAGCUCUAAAAAAAAAAAAUUUUUAAUUUUAUUUUUUAAAUGUCGAAACAGCAAAAAAAAAAAACUCCUACGGGGUUCAAAAACUAAAAUGACGUAACCAAAAAAGAAAAAAAAUUUUUUUUUUUGCGCAAAACAGGCUGCUGUAAUCGCUAGCAAGGGAGUGAUUUUAUAAAUCGUGUUAAUUUUGAAGAGAUUUUUUUCCCUUUUUUGAUUUUAAAAAAAUCGAAAAGUCCCGCGUGUACAGUAGAAUCAAAAACGUACUACGAAACGUAGGCGAACGGGUCCUUUUCGAAAACAUUGUACAUAAUAUAUUAUUAUAUUAUAUUAUUGUCAUUGUUAUCAUUAUUAUUUUCCUAUUAUUACUAGGUAAAAAAAAUGAACGUAUAAUAAUGAUGAUAAUUAAUGAUUGAAUUGAAAAAUGAUGAUAAUAAUAAUAAUAAUAAUGAUGAUGAUGAUAAUUAUGAUUAUUAUAAUUAUUGAUGAGAAUAAUAAAUAUGGUAAUUAUGAGAAUGAUAAUGAUAAUGAUGAUGAUAAUAAUGAUUAUUAUUAAUAUUAUUAUAUUAAUUUACUUGUCUAUUAUAAAUUUAUUAUGACAAAGCGAAAGAACAUUAUUGUAAUAUUUUUUUGAGACGUGAAGGGGACCGAUAUAAAUGCGUUAUACAAGCUACUUCACUAUGCCAGUGCUGUAUCAUAGUAAUUUGUAAGUGUAUUUUUCGCCUCUGCUUUCUUUUUUCUUAAUUAUUCUAUUUAAAAAAAAACAACCAACAAACUAAAAAAUAAAUGAUUUUUAAGUGUAAAGCGCGAGAUUUACUUUUUUGAAAAACCAUGCCUGGCAGUUGAAAGUAAAUCUCGCGAAUCAAUUAAUCAAGUUGUAAUUAAAAUAUAUAGCUGAUUAAAGAAAAUUAAUCAGAAGUUCUACUAACGGACAAACGUAACUAACGUAAUUUUAAAGUUAUUUGUAAAGUAAAGGAAAGAAAAAAAACGCGCUUUUCUUUGAUAUCAAAAAAAAAAAUUUUUUUUAGAUUUUUGAUUCUGAGAAAAGCGCCCGCAUUUUAUUUAGCGCUUUCGCAUAUCAUCUUUCAAUGUGUGUCCGCUUGCGUUAAAUUUUUCUUUUGCUACAAAAUAAAUUCUUGUGUAGGCAAACGCACGGUGAAGUACUUCGAUACGCUGCGAAUUUGUUUCAAUUAUUUUUUUUUCUUCUUUUUUUUCUCUAUUUUGCUACUUAUAAACAUUUAUAAAAUGCGAGGUGGAUCGUUGGUAAUGAUAUUGAAUUUUUUUUGUCUUGUGAAUUUUUUUCCCUCCCGUGGACUUUUUGGAUAAAUUUUUUUUUCUUCUUUUUUUUUAAUAAUGUUCAACGUUUUUUUUAUGUAUUUUCUGAUCGCCUCAUCGAAUUCUUGCGACUAAAUUUUAUUUAUUUAUUUUUUUUUGAUAGAUUUCUUUUAUUUUUCCUAUAAUUAUAUUUAAAGAGAGAAAACUUAAUCUUCUUUUUUUUUAAUCGUCUGAAGCGUUGCCACGCUACAACAUUCACAAAAUGAAUGUAAAAUAUGAAAUGAUUUUAAAUAGUAAAAGUUAAUUAUAAUGACAACCCAAAAGUAUUUGGCUUAGUAUGGCUGUGUUUAGGGCAGUGUUGUAAAUUUGACAGUGAUGGUGUUUUUUUUUGUGGUAGUAAAUUCUUUAAGAAUGGACGUUUGAAUGCAUUACGUACCAUGAGUUUUAAUGGAAAAUGUGUUUUUUGAAUUUUUAUUUAUUAUACACAAAGGGUAGUUUAAUUUUAUUGACAUUUUUAAUUUUUUUUUGUACACUUCUAUUAAAAAAAAUUGUGUUUACUAAAAUUGAAUUACUUGUAAGAAAUAAACUAACUAAUAUAUUUUUACUUGUUAGUUAGUUUAUUUUAAUCAGUAAACGAAUUUUUAUUUUUGGAUAUUUUAUUCUUUUUUUUUUAUAAAAGAAGUGUAUAUAGCAGUAAAAUUAAAACAAUUUUUAUCAAUUUGUAUAAACAUGAAAAUUUUUAACGGAACGUUUGAUGUAAAGAGAAAAAUUCAAUCUCUAUUGAGAAUAAAUUUAAAUCUCGUUGAAAAGAAAUUUUUAAACAAUUCAUUAAAAAGAUUGACAUUUUCUUGCUCUGGUACGUGAUGCAUUCUUGAUUAGCAAUUUAUUACUAUAAAAUAUAAUGAGAGGCGAAUGAUACAACGCUGUAUUUAUAUAUCAUGAAAAUUGUUUUCUUUUUUAAUAUUAAACGAAUACAUUGAAUAUAAAAUAGACACAUGUGUCUAUGAAAUAACGUUUAUAGAUUUAUUAUUAUUAUUAUUAAUUAAUUAAUUAAUUAAAUAUUCGAUAGGCGAUACUAUAGAGACAAAGCUAUGGAAUAUAAAUAAUUAUUACUAUACAAUUAUUACUGAAAUAUCGAAUAUAGAAUACUACUUUUUAUUAUAAAAAAAAAUUUCGUAACGUAUUUAAUUUACCUUAAUUUAAAAAAUGAGACAUAAAAGAGACAUUUAUCCCCCCACGAAUCCACCUCGCUCCUUUUUAAAAAAAAAAAAUCUUUUCGAAUCUCACCUCAGUUCCUCUCCUCCCAUUCCCAUCCUAUUAAUUAAAUCUCUUCCCUUUUGUAAUGUGUACAUAAUAUAUAAUUAACGUGUAAUACAUCGGUCACGGCGAUUGUAAAUUGAACGAUUGUGCUUUUCUAUUUAUUAUUAUUAUUACUAUUAUAUUAUUAUUAUUCUUAUUAUUAUUCUUAUUAUUACUUUUUUUAAAUCCCUCGAGAUCUCGUUGUUCUCACAUUAAAAAAAAAAGCAAGAAUGACGUUCUGUAUCGAUAAGACUCUUCUUCAAUGAGGAUACUUGUUCCAAAACAUCGUAAAUCGCAUGUGAUUAUAUAAGAAUUUUUUUUACAAACACCCAAAGACGUCCCAUUAAAAAAAAAAAAGACUUUUCGACACUUUCUUACUGAGCACUGUAGAACAAAAUGAAAAAAUUGCUCGCGUUAAAUGAAAAAUGAACAAACAGGAUUGAUUUUUAUGGGAAUUGAAUUUAUAAAAAAAAAAUACUAUUUGUAAUAUUUAUAUAUUGAGAAUUUUUUUUUGAAACAAGAGGAAAUAGAAACUUGAUUUUUACAACAAUUUUUUUUUUUAAACAAAUGACAUUAAUAUUAAGGGAUAUAUUUAAAAAAAAAAGCUUCCUCUUGAAAAAUAGUAUUUUUUCAUUUAAUGAAAUGAAUUCAUUAACAAAUCGAUUGAAAUAAUUUGCUAAUGAAUAUCACUAUUUUGAUCUUGCCGUCUCGUUCGCAUUCCAAAGACGUCUAUAGUGUAAAAAAAAUUUAAUUAAUUUUCUUUUUUUCUCAUUUAGAAUCAAUGAGCGCAAAAAAAAAAAAAUUUGAGGUUUUUGGAAUUUUCGAGCGUAUGAAAUUGUUUCGAGUGAUAAACAAAGAAUAUAUAAAUGGAGUCAAUGGAAUUGUGUUUUUAAAAAUUUUUCUGUACGUCGAUCUUCGUAUAUGCAUUUUUCAGUUGUGCGUGAGUGUUAUUUUUUUCCUAUCUGUCUAUCUCUCUCUUUCUCUUUUGCAAAAAAAAAAAGUGUCGGUGUUGUCAUUCAAUGGUUACGUAUGAUGAUGAUGAUGAUGAGAGAUUCCAGAAUCUUCACUGGUUGAAAAGACGAAAACAAAAAAAAUAAUAAUAAUAAUAAGUAGAAUUUUAGGAAAAGUUUUUAAAAAAAAGAAUUUUUUUUUCUUCUUUUUUUAUAAAUAAAUAUAUAAAUAUAUAUAUAUAAUAUAUAAAUAUGAUCGUUUUGGGUAUUGUAUAUUGGAUCGAUUGAGGACUGUGGAAUUCCAUAAUUAAAUGAGGAGAACAAUGCGCGAGAAGUUCUAUUUAUAUCGACUGUUGAUCUGCGGUUGAUAAUAAGAUAAAAAAAAAGAAAAAAAAAAAAAGAUUGCAAUUCGAAGAAAAUAUACUCACUGCCUUGAAUUUUCCUGGCUGUACACUAAUCCAAUGUGUUUAGCACGCAUGAAAAGCGCGCGAGUGGGACUAAACUCUAUUGGGGAUGUAUUUUGUUUUCUUGUUGUUUUUUAGUCGUAAGCCCUAAUCUUAUUGCAAGCGUAGAAUAGUAACGUAAACGAGACAUAAAAGUUAUACAUAUAUGUGUAUAUAUUUAUACAUACAUACCUACCUACCUACAAACAUAAAUACGAAUCUUACGAAAUAAAGUUUACGUAUCAUCAUUUCAAAUA